AUGCAACGGUGGCAUAAAGAUCCGAAUGGGCGAAUCUCCGGAGAGGAUGGCAGCGAGUGCUAUUCCGCGAACUACCCCGGCAAGCCGCCCGCACAGCCGUCGCGAAGGGCAUACCAGCGAGGCGGCACCAGGGCGGAGUCAAGCAACACGCACAGGACAUCGCGGAAGGGCGGCGCCGACGACCGGCAGGGCUGA